AUGCUGGGCAUCAGAUCUCUGUUACUUGGCGUGUUGUCGGCAUGGGUGGUCGCAGGGCAUAACCUUCGGGCGAACAACAUCAGCACAGGCUACCGGAUCGAUGUUCACUCUCAUGUCAUUCCUCCGGUUUGGAGAGAGGCCCUGAUUGCUGCUGGCUACCCUGUGAAAAAUGGAACGCUGUAUACUGACGAUUUCCCAGUGCCCGACUGGACGCUGGAAUCACACCUGGCCACGAUGGACACCUUGGGCAUCAACUUUUCGACCAUUAGCGUGAGUGCUCCCGGGGUCUACUUCCUCAAUGAUCCUAAGGAGGCACAUGCGCUCGCCCGCACCGUUAAUCUUGCCAUGCAUAAUUACACCCAGGCUCAUCCGACUCGACUGGGGGCGCUUUGUCUGUUGCCCCUUCCACAUGUAGAAGAAUCCGUAGCCGAACUGGAGUUUUGCCUUGAUACACUCAAGUUCCCUGGUGUGGGCAUGUACACCAAUGCCAACGGUACCUACCUUGGCAACUCGACUCUUGGUCCCGUCUUUUCGGUCUUGAAUGAGCAACAGGCCACCGUGUUUGUCCAUCCGGCGGCUCCGGGAUGUCAGUCCGUGAGCUUGGGCUACCCGUUCCCUUUGACAGAGUACCCAUUCGACAGCGUGCGGGCGAUGGAGAAUCUGUUGUUGUCUGGCCAGCGAGCUAAGAACCCCGAUGUCAAGAUGAUAUUUGCCCACGGCGGCGGCGCAAUGCCCUAUCUGGCCAGCCGUAUUGCCGGAAUGGCGUCCAUGUCGUUGCUGGGAUCCCUAAAUAUGACCAAAUCCUUGGCGGAGCUUGCAGGUUAUUACUUUGACACGGCCUCUGCCACCUCGGCAAUUCAACUCGCUGCCAUGAAAAGCUUCAUUGGGGUGGAACAGAUUCUGAUUGGAACCGAUUACCCGUAUGUCCCCCUUUCACAGAGCGAGGCCGCGCUCCCUGCCAUUCAGGGCAACGGCGAAUUCACUGAUGCCGAGAUGGCGCGCAUCAACCAUCAGAAAACGCUUUCACUGUUUCCGCGGGUUGCCAAGGUGUUAGGCUAUUGAAGCUCCUGUAGUGCCGC